UUCGAGGCUCCUCAGCCCUCGGGCUCGCUCCUCCUCGCGUGGCAGACCAAGAAGCUCUCGAUCCUGCUCAUCGGCGGCGGCGCCGUCGCCGCCUCGCGCCUGUAUCACCUCCUGUGCGCCAAGCCCAAGCGCAUCGUCGUCCUUGCGCCCGAGGACGGCACCUGCGACGAGGUGUCGUGGCGCCUCACGUCGUCGCACCCGGAGGCGCACAACGUCGACGCCGAGAUCGACGGGUUCGACAUGGUCCUCACGGCGCUCGACGACGCGCCCCUGUCGCGAGCCGUGUACACGGCGUGCAAGGACCGCCGCCUCCUCGUCAACGUCGCCGACGUCCCGCCCGAGUGCGACUUCUACUUUGGCUCGACCCUGCGCCGCGGCGCGCUCAGCGUCAUGGUCUCGACCAACGGCAAAGGGCCUCGCGUUGCCGCUCGCCUGCGGCGCCGCCUCGAGAAGGCGCUGCCGGACAACGCCGGGCGCGCCAUCGACAACGUCGGGCUCCUGCGCGCCGGCCUGCGCAAGAAGGAGAACGCGGGCGACAAGGAGACGAUCGAGCGCCGCAUGGAGUGGAUGAUCCGCGUCUCGGACCGGUGGAGCCUCGCCCAGCUCGGCGAGAUGGACGACCGCAUGCGCGAGGGCGUGCUCGAGGGGUGGGAGCGCGGCGAG